AUGGCACUGUAUUUUAAUUAUCCAUUGUGUUGUGACAAUGCAUUGAUGGAAAGUAGGUCAAUGGCAGUGGACAGCAGAGCAAUAGUUUACAAGCAUGCAGCGUAUGGACCGCGUAAUGAGGCUUCACCAUUGACAAGUAUUCAGAGGUGCUCACUCGCCGCCAUGGCUAAUAACUGGUUAAAUGUUGCAACCUUUGACCACAUACCCAUUGGUUCAGAGAUUGAAGAGAAGAGAGUUACAAAGGAAGAUAAGGCCAAAUCUGCCAAAACUGAGAUGGGUGAGGUGAAGGAAGAAAAUGAGAGAUUGAAGAAGAUGCUGGAAACAGUAGAAAAGGAUUAUCAGUCACUUCAACUCCGUUUCUUUGACAUCCUUCACAAAGAUGAUUCAAAGAAGGGUGUGGUUGAUUCGUCUAAUUCCCAUGAUCAUCAAAGUGAAGAGUCUGAGUUUGUGUCACUUUGCCUUGGAAGGAGUCGAACGGAGUCUAAGAAGGGGGCUAGAAUUGGAGACUCCAACAAAGCUAAAGAAAAAGAUGUUGGACCCAACCUUACUCUUGGAUUAGACUCCAAACACUUGUUGGCAAUGGAGGUUGUGUCUGAUUUUAGUCCCAUGAACAUCUCAGAAGAACCAAAGGAAACGGAUGCAGAGGGAACAUUGUCAACAAGUCAAUCAGCAAAAGUGAUUAAUGUAAACGAAGAUAUUUCAAAUCAAAUGCCAGCCAAGAGAGCAAGGGUAUCUGUGAGAGCUAGAUGUGAUUCUCCCACGAUGAAUGAUGGAUGUCAAUGGAGGAAAUAUGGACAGAAGAUUGCAAAGGGAAAUCCAUGUCCAAGGGCAUACUAUCGUUGCACAGUUGCACCAACAUGCCCAGUUAGGAAGCAGGUGCAAAGGUGUUCUGAGGACCUGUCCAUCUUAAUCACCACCUAUGAAGGAGCCCAUAACCACCCACUUCCAGUUUCAGCCACAGCCAUGGCUUCAACCACUUCUGCUGCUGCUUCCAUGCUGUUGUCAGGUUCUUCAACAUCUCACCUUUCAAGCCACAUUUCUACAUCUUUUGGAAAUGCUCCUACCACACUACUCAAUGGUCUAAGUUUCAGUGACCAGUUUCAUGAACCCAAAGCCAAACAAAUCUUCUCACCACCAAACCAUGCCUUACCACAUAUGUUCUCAACAAUCACCCUAGACCUGGCUUCUUCAGCUCCUUCCUCCUCUUCAACUCAAUUCCACCAUGGCUUACCGUCAACCAUGGCUUCAAUUUCAAACCCAAGAUUUUCCUCAGCUAGUCUCAGCUUUUGUUCACCCGAGCAUAACUUCAUCCCAUCCAUUUGGGCUAAGGGUUUUCAUGAUAAUGGCACAACCACAACACCAAUUAAAGUCCCCACAAGGCCAGUUAUACAGUCAAAUAAUUUCCAACAACCUUUCUACCAACAAUGCACAACAAACCAGACUCCCUCCAGAGAAGCUUUGGCAGAAACAAUAACCAAAGCAAUCAGCACAGACCCGAGUCUUCGCUCAGCAAUAGCUGCUGCAGUUUCAUCAAUAGUUGAACAUGGAUCAAACAGUAGUAAACAAGAGGUAUCAGAGAAUGUUCUUCGUUCAGGGUUGAACUUAAAACUUGGGGAGCAUCUUCAAUUGGCUUCCCCCAAUCCCUUAGACCAGAAUGGGAAAGGAUGCUUAACAGGCUACUUCAAGAGUUUAUCCUCUAAAAGUUCUGAGGAUGAAAACUUCAUUCUUCUCCAACACCCAUUGCCAAUUUCUUACUCCAAGAGUAUCACAAAUCAGAUCAACCACCAUGUUCCAGAAAUGAACACGCAUCAUUAG